GACCUGACGUGCUACCGCAAAACCUCUAUCCUCUAUCGCAUCGCAUCGCCAGCCUCGCCCCAAAAUACUUCUUCGUGAAACCCUCUACCACCACAGUAACACCACACUCUGCGAUACCCCGCGCAGCCAGCAAAGCUUGCCAAUUCCUCCAAAAUGACAACUAACGUCUCCCUCGAGACCUCAUUGGGCACGAUAAUCUUAGAACUCUACACAACCCACGCCCCCAAAACCUGCACGAAUUUCGCAACUCUCGCAAAGAGAGGCUACUACAACAGCACCGUAAUCCACCGCAUCAUCCCAAACUUCAUGAUCCAAGCCGGCGACCCGACGGGCACAGGCCGCGGCGGCACCUCAAUCUACGGCGAGAAAUUCGCAGACGAGAUCCACGCCGGCUUAAAACACACCGGCGCCGGCAUCCUCUCCAUGGCCAACGCUGGCCCAGACACGAACGGCUCCCAGUUCUUUAUUACCCUGGCACCGACACCUUGGCUUGAUGGGAAACAUACCAUCUUUGGACGGGUCAAGAGUGGAUUGAGCGUUGUCAAGAGGAUGGGACUUGUCAAGACGGGGCCGGAGGAUCGGCCGCUUGAGGAGGUCAAGAUUAUCAAGGCUUCUGUCGUUGAGGAGGGCGGCGAUGAAGCAUGAGGGAUGGCGAGGUCCUAC